UCUAUUCAUAGUCAAGGCAACCCGAAAAUAAACUUCAACAAAAAUGACCGUCGACGUGUCCCUCGCGAAGCUGGUUGAUCUGGCCAUCGGAACGCCGGACGAGGGCAACGUGGACUUUGCCACGCUUCAUACCCUGCUACACAUUAUCGUGCGUAAGCUUGGCUCCCAGCGAUCCAGCGUUGAGCUUCCGCCGGAUCAACAGCUCGAGUCACUGCUGCUGCGCUCAUCGGACCAGGCCAGCUCGGUUCAGGUGACGGUUCAUGAGCGUGAUGGACGCGAACUGUUUCAGGUUCGAAAUCGGUCCAGCGAAGACGUUGAGGAGGAUGAGCCGAAGUUAUCGCAUCGAUCAAGCCUAAGUUCCGUAGAAAUCGAAGACAUCAACCAGAAGUUGGAGGACCUUGAACGUAAGGUUUCGAUUCUGCCCACCGAGCAAGACGUGGAACAGUUCUGCUCCCGAAGAGAGUCCCUCAAUCCGGAAUCACCGCUGGACUACCUAAGCUUGGCAUCUCGCUUGGACACUAUCGAGGUCAGCUUGGGAAAACUGACGGCAACGAUGAGUGACGUAAUGAUGGAGUUUACCCGCCUGGAAAAGCUAGUUCUUCCCUAUCUGGACGGUGGCGACAUCGCAGUCCUAAAAAUGCAAGUCGAAAACAUAAGCCGCCUGCUUUCGGACCACUUCCCUGGAUUCCGUUCUCGUCAACCUUCCGACCGGCAGAGUGGUUCACGUCGUCUUACGAUCGAGACACUUCCGGUAGAUUUCUACAGCCAAGGAAUCCCAUCUAUUGCGCAGAUUGCCAACGCCAGACGAUCGUUCAUGCGCAGUCCGGUUACUCAAAGUUCAGCUUCGAUUCAACUUCCCGACCAUCUGGAGAGAGAAAUCGAAGCCAUCCGAGGAGUGCUGAACAGCUUGAUCGGAGUAUUGCCGCUGGCCGAGGAAUCACAAAGCAGUGAGCUGAUUCUCAGUAAAUCCGAUGAAGCUUGUGAUGAGUCACAAACGACGGUAAAAGCCAAUUUUCACCAGAAAGCAGCAAGUGCGAUCAUCAAUCUACGGUUCGUGCAGAAGGAGAUUGACGAACUGUUCCAGGAAAAAGAAGAACGGCUCGCCAUCAUAGAGAGGACGCAGAAAGAUGCUACGGAAUUGAUGGAAACUUUACAAACAUGCGUGGAAAAGCUUAAGGAACAGUUUACAUCGCUAAAUGACCACGUGGAACAAUUUGAAGCCGAGUACGAGAAGAAGUUUGACGACUUCCAAGAAGAAAUCAACGAUCAUAUAAAAAAUUUAAUGAGUGACGUGAGUUACCUCAAGAACGAUACCGUCGAAAGAGUUCUUCAGCUCGAGUUCCAGAUUGAAGAUCGAGUUGAUUUUGAACUUUUCAAGACGCGAGUUCCGCUGCAACAGUUCCAGAUGACGAUCGCCGACAUUGGACGAGCGUUGAAGCAACACGAUGAGAAACUGGAAGAGUGCAAAGCGAGCCUUCUCCAGCUUAUACAAAAUCUUACGCCAGAAAUUCAAGUCAAAGUAGAUCGAACUGAACUGAGCACGUUAGAACGAAACGUUUCCAAAAAGUUGAACCUGCUUCAGCUUAGGCUGACCAAGUUCCUCAAGCUGCAGGAGAGCAUCGCGGCAGCUGGAACCAAACUCAAGCUAUCGGGCGCUCUCAAGUGUAUUUCCUGCGAUCACGAAGCAACGAUGAAUGCACUGGACGAUAUCGUGCCCAGAAGCAAUCUUCCACUGAGGGCUUACCCGUACGAAAUGGACGCGUCGAUGGAAGCGCGUAAGAAUCGGUUCUGCGGCGGAAUUCACACAACGAUGUCCCCGAGGAAGCCGGCUGUCAUAAGUGCGCGGAGAUUGUGUGAAGCCAGGGAGCUGGUCAACCGGAUGAAGAAACCAGCGCUGGAAUUGGGGCUGAAUGUGGUGCAGCCUGAGGAUCCGGCUUAUAAAAUUCACUUGUGAUUGAGAGUUUGGAGCGAAAAACUUAUGAAAUUAAAAUAUUGAC